AAAUUAAACAAACAAAUCCAAAUAUUUUAUCAAGGCAAGGAACAGGGAAUCGCUUUGUCCAGUUGACUUUCUCGAGAAAACCCAUGUUGCCUGUCAACUUGUUUCAUGGGUUGGUUGUUCUUGUUGCCAUUGCCACUCUUUCUUUAUAAUAAUAUAUAAAUAUAUACAUAUAUACAUAUAUAUUAUAUUUAUAUAAGUUUACAGAGAUCUCAUCCUUCACCAAGUUCUGGUUUGUGAAGGUCUGUGAAUAACAGUUGAUGAAAAAGUUGCACCUUCGGAAUGCCUGUCAGCAAUCAAGACGUGAAAAAGAAGUCUUUUAUUCAUAAAAUCUUCACCACAAAGGAGAAAGAAGGAAGCGGCUCUUCGGAUUUCUCAGAAGCACGGCAGUCUAACCCAUCAGUUGACAUUCAAUCUAUAAGUGACACAGGAUCUCAAAUGCCUGCCGGUCAAUAUGUUCAGUCCUUUCGGGUUUUUGUGGCGACAUGGAAUGCAGGAGGGAAAUCUCCUCAUAGUGGCCUUAAUCUGGAUGAUUUUCUGCAGGUUGAUAAUGAAUCAGACAUAUAUGUCUUGGGUUUCCAGGAAAUUGUUCCGCUAAAUGCAGGAAAUGUACUAGUUCUGGAAGAUAAUGAACCUGCAGCAAAAUGGCUCGCUUUAAUCAAUCAGUCGCUAAACAAAUCACCUGAUGGGUGUUCAAGAAGCAAAGCAGGUGGUUCACGAUUUUCCCCGAAGCCUUCCCUUAAAAAGGUCAGUAAGACUUUUAGGACAGAGAGCAAACGGAGGUUGAAGAGUUGCAACUGCCCUUUUGAACUAGAAAGGAAACAUAGUAAAGAUUUUUGUUUUCGGUGCCAACAACCAAACAUAAAUGAAGACGACCUUUCUUCAGAUCCAGAUGAGGAUGGAUCUAAUGCCUUUGAUAUAUCGGAAAUUUCCAUGGCCUCUACUACCAACCAGAUGAAGUACGGCCUUAUAGCAAGUAAGCAAAUGGUAGGAAUUUUUGUUACUAUUUGGGCGAGGAAAGAGUAUAUACAAUAUGUUAGCCACUUGAGGAUCUCUUGCAUCAGUCGCGGGAUAAUGGGACUUGGAAACAAGGGAUGUAUAUCUGUGAGCUUCUUAUUCCAUCAGACAAGCUUUUGCUUUGUCUGCAGUCACUUGGCAUCUGGGGAGAAAGAGGGCGAUGAGCUUAGGAGAAAUCUGGAUGUUUUAGAGAUUCUUAAAAGCACUCAGUUUCCGAAGAUUUGCAAAACAGCUCGUAGUAGGAUGCCGGAUAAAAUUCUAGGACAUGAUGUGGUCAUAUGGUUAGGGGACUUGAAUUACCGCAUUGCUUUGAGCUACUCUGAAACCCAAAAGCUAUUGAUGGACAACAACUGGGAUGCACUUCUUGACAAAGAUCAGCUCAAGAUCGAAAGAGAAGCAGGGCGAGUAUUCAAAGGAUGGAAAGAGGGGAAAAUCUACUUUGCACCUACUUACAAAUACUUUUAUAACUCAGACACAUAUUUUGGAGAGAUAAAAACAUCGAAAAAGAAAAGAAGAACACCAGCUUGGUGUGAUAGAAUACUAUGGCAUGGAAAUGGGAUCAGACAACUUUCUUACAUACGUGGAGAGUCUCGGUUCUCUGACCAUCGGCCAGUGUGUGCAGCAUUUUUUGUGGAUGUUGUAGUUAAUGAGAAUGAAAAUAAGAGGGGAUCACCUAGCUCUAAUAUGAAAAUCGAAAUUGAAGAGCUUUUACCAACUGCUAGAUACCAGAGAAACAUGUACUAAACAGCUAACCGUAACCACUGAAAGUUUGAAGAAAUACCCAGUUUUGCUUAUCUAAUGAGAUGACGUAGGUUUAAUGAUGCAGAGUUUAUUGCAGCACUGAGGUGCAGAAUAAUUCUCCAACAAGUGAGAGAUGUACUGUACCGAAAUAGUUGACCUCUCCUGCAGGCAAUAUGAAGUAUGUUCUCUCACGGCAAAGAUGCUCGGCUUUGGAUAUAUUCGGAUUUCCUAACAAGUUGAAGGGGAGAUAUUCAUAGGUGACAGAUUAUUGUGUGAAUUUCGGCUGUCUUUGUUCUUGUCAUAUAUCAAAGUGUUGGUUACAAUAUUUAUUUGUAGACAUUCCCAUUUCUCUUGCCUAAAUUUGGGUCAAAAGAGAAUGGAGCUGAUGAUAUAAAAUUGCUUGAUUCACAAGC